AUGCCCAUGCGAGAGUGGCAAGCUCCUGGAAAGACGCGAGAUACUGUCAAUCCGUUACAAGCUGCACUAGGAAAUCACUACUCCUCUCUUGAACUCGUCCAAUAUCUCUCUACACCAGCUUUCAACUGCUACAAAACACCAACACUCAAGAUGAUGGCCAAAAGAGUAUCUCUCCUCCGGUGCAGCUCCCGUCUGCCUCUCAUAACAUCUUCCACAAGCAGCUUAAACCGUCUAUCCCUCCUCCAAUCCCAACUCUCUCGCACCCUCGCAUCCGAAUCAUCUGGAGCUUCUGCAAACAACACUUCAGCACUCCCAACCAGGAAGGAACGACCACGAAGGGCUUUGUUCUAUGUUCCGGGAAGUGACGAGCGUAAACUGAAUAGCUCGUUAAAGAGUAAAGCGGAUUGCAUAACGUAUGAUUUGGAGGAUUCUGUUGCGCUCAAUAGAAAGGGUCAAGCUAGGCAAUUGGUGUUUAAUGCGUUAGAGACUUUCAACGUGGGCAGAUCAGAAAAGGCAGUUCGAAUCAAUGCUGUUGGAUCUGGACUAGAGAUUGAUGAUUUGAAUGUGGUGUUACGAUCACCAAACCUACAAGCCAUUCUGGUUCCGAAAGUGCAGUCUGCUCGAGAUGUACAGUUUGUGACGCGGAUGAUUGAUACGAUUGCUCCUGCAUCAAACCGAGAAAACAUACGAAUCCUCGCAGCCAUCGAAUCCGCACUUGGAAUCAUGAAUAUCAAAGAAAUCGCACAGUCGGAUCCUCGUGUGGAUGCUCUGAUAUUCGCAGCAGAAGACUAUUGCGCAGACACGGGCCUCCUGCGCUCCGGCACACGUCUCGAGAUGCUAUAUGCGCGCCAAACAGUCGUGACAGCAGCCAUAGCAUACGGCCUGCAAGCGAUAGAUCUCGUGUGUGUUGAAUUCCAGGAUGAGAACACGCUACGGGCUGAGUGUGAUGAGGGGCGUGCGUUUGGAUUUACAGGGAAGCAGGCUAUACAUCCUAAACAGGUGGAUGUUAUUCAGAUGUUGUAUAUGCCGGCUGAGAAGGAUGUGUCACGGGCCACCAAGAUUGUGGAAGGCUACCAUGAGCAUUUGAAGAAGGGUGUUGGAGCAUUCAGUUUGGAUGGCAAGAUGAUUGAUAUGCCGGUGGUGAAAUGGGCUGAGCGUCUACUGGCCAAAGCAAAUAUUGACAAACAAUAA